AUGGAUCUCACUGCCAUCGACGAGGAUCCAGCCGCUGUCCUUGCUGCUGUCGAGGCCGAGGACGUGUCUGCAGUCUCAGAUCAACAGUUCAUCUUCGCGACGCCAAAUCGCAAGCAACCGCUCUCAAACUCGUCAUCCACACCCGCCUCCACGACAUCAGCCACCAAUUACUUCUCAUACGGUAACCUCAGCAAUAUCAGCAACGGUUAUCGCAAUGAAUUUCGAGAUCGAUAUCACGACGACCAUGACCAUGACUCGGCCCAAGACCAUGACAUUCCAGGCCUGAGGACGCCUUCAUUACUCUCCAGCCCAAGUGUGGCUUCAAGUCUCGGCUUCUCCACAGGGCGGGUGAGUCCUCACAAGAGAGACAUUUCCGGACACUCGAGGGUAUCCUCUCUUCACGACACGAGCAACAACACAUCUCCGUCUGUUCGUCGAAGCAAUCGGAAUAGUCGCGACAUUUUGGCGCAGAGGCUGAGUCAGCUCGCGCACGAGCUCACAUCUGGUGAAGAAGACCUUCUCGACGACAGCGGCGUCGACAUUCUCACCGCGCAGCUGGAUCAAUUAGAGGGCACGAAGCUGCUUAAGAAGAGUGUCUCAUUUUCCAUGCCAUCAACGCCCUCCCCACGCCCCCGGCCAACUCCCCGACGACCAUUAAGCUUGGACAUGUACAGUCCUGGUGAUUCCAUCUUCGGCACCCCAGGCUCGGCCUUUAAGACGAGGUUUUCCGACCUAGGAGCGUCAAUUAGAAGGGAUCCCGAGCCAGAACCAGAACCUGAGCCCGAGCCUCCGUCAAACCUGGGCAUGACGGUUGCCCAGGCUAAAAAGGUCAUCCAGGAAGUUACACAACUUAACGAGGAGAUGUCUCAACUGGUCGCCAACCUUAAAGCGCGUCAAGAGGAGUCUGACCACAUCCAAGUUCUUCUUAUCGAGCGUGCCGAGCGUGCUGCCCAGCGUAUCAUUUUUCUUCAAAACCGGAUAUCUCAUCUUGAGCAAGAGCUGCGCGAAAAUGAUGACGAGCUCCAAUAUCUUCGCAUCUGUCUCAAGGCCGUGGAAAUCCAGAUGCCCGCACACCCAGACAAGGAACUACAACGCUGCAUAUCCUCCUUCAAGAAAGACUACCAAGCUCUAAAACGAAAACGCGUCAAUCGUUCCAGUAUUGCAAGUCUUUCUAGUCUCGGCUCACCAUACCCUGGCUCACCGGCAUGA